AUGAAGUAUACUCCGUUACACUUGGCGGCUCUAGAAGGGCACGUGGCGACGGCAGAGAAGCUCAUCGACAGAAGCGCUGAUGUGAACGCGAAGACCACAAAAGGGUUUACUCCGUUACACUUGGCGGCUCAGGAAGGGCACGAAACGACGACAGAGAAGCUCAUCGACAAAGGCGCUGAUGUGAACGCGAAGAACACAGAAGGGAACACCCCGUUACACCUGGCAAUUCACAACGGGCACACGGCGAUGGUAGAGGCACUCAUUGCUAAAGGCGCUGACUUGAACGCUAAAAACGACGCUGAGUGUACUCCGUUAGACUUGGCUGCUCUAGAAGGGCACGAGGCGACGGCAGAGAAGCUCAUCGACAAAGGCGCUGAUGUGAACGCGAAGGACACAGAAGGGUUUACUCCGUUACACUUGGCGGCUCAGGAAGGGCAUGAGGCGACGGCAGAGAAGCUCAUCGACAGAAGCGCUGAUGUGAACGCGAAGACCACAAAAGAGCAUACUCCGUUACACUUAGCGACUAGGAAAGGGCACGAGGCAACGGCAGAGAAGCUCAUCGACAAAGGCGCUGAUGUGAACGCGAAGACCACAAAAGGGUUUACUCCGUUACACUUGGCGGCUCAGGAAGGGCACGAAACGACGACAGAGAAGCUCAUCGACAAAGGCGCUGAUGUGAACGCGAAGAACACAGAAGGGAACACCCCGUUACACCUGGCAAUUCACAACGGGCACACGGCGAUGGUAGAGGCACUCAUUGCUAAAGGCGCUGACUUGAACGCUAAGAACAACGAUGAGUAUACUCCGUUACACUUGGCGGCUCUAGAAGGGCACGAAGCGACGGCAGAGAAGCUCAUCGACAAAGGCGCUGAUGUGAACGCGAAGGACACAGAAGGGAACACCCCGUUAUACCUGGCAAUUCACAACGGGCACACAGCGAUGGUAGAGGCGCUCGUUGCUAAAGGCGCUGACUUGAACGCUAAGAACAACGCUGGGUUUACUCCGUUACACUUGGCGGCUCAGGAAGGGCAUGAGGCGACGGCAGAGAAGCUCAUCGACAGAAGCGCUGAUGUGAACGCGAAGACCACAAAAGGGAACACCCCGUUAUACCUGGCAAUUCACAACGGGCACACAGCGAUGGUAGAGGCGCUCGUUGCUAAAGGCGCUGACUUGAACGCUAAGAACAACGCUGGUCAGGCAGCGAUGCACAUAGCAGCUUCGGAGGGCCAUCUCCACGUCCUGUACACGCUGGUGAAGCUUGGCGUCGCUACCAACGCGAGGAACGGCCGAGGAAAGACGCCCAAGGAAAUGCUGAAAGGAACUUCCACGACUGCAGAUUACGACAUGGAAGUCUUCAAAGGCAUCUCACUGAUAGAGAUAAUGGAGAAGUACCUCGCAGCUGAAAAGGGGAAGGUCGGCCUACAGAGAGACAAGAGGGCGCUUCAGAAUGAACAUAAAGAGGAGCUGAAGAGGAUGAAGGAAGAUCAGAGAAGAAGAGACGCUGACUCUCGGGGAAUGAAGAAGGAAAUCACUGCUUUGAAAGAGAAGAUCAAGGCGAUGGAGGAGGAACACAGAACAGAACUGCAGAACGCCACAGAAAAGGAACAAGAAAAAGAAGAGGAGGUUGCGACCAUGAAGAAUGAAAUAAUCCGUUUAAAGGAAACAAUUGUAAGUAGAGACGAUGCAGGAGACCCGGGCAGCUUCUGCAGGAGGAGACCCGGGCAGCUUCUGCAGGAGACCCGGGCAGCUUCUGUAGGAGGAGACCCGGGAGCUUCUGCAGGAGGAGGCCUAGAAUAGAGUCAGAGGCAGAGUCCGACCGUGAGGAAGAGUGUGUGUAGGAGUCAAGGUCAGAGGUCACGACCGAAGUUCAGCACGGCGGCGAUGCCAUGGGCACGCCGCCCUCGUAGGUCACUCCUGCCAGUUGGAGGGCGUGACAUUGAAGAUAUCUGACCACUCUCAGAGAGAGAUAGACAGAGAGAUAAAUAGAUAGAGAUAGGGAGAUAGAUAGACAGAUAGACAGAAAGAUAGAUAGAAAAAGAGAGAGAUGCUUUGAAAGAAAAGAUCAAGGCGAUGGA